GUGUCGUCCUACCCUGUCAGUCGUUCUGUGAGUCGGCCAGAGAGGGCUGUGGACCUGUCCUCCAGCUGUUCAACGCAUCAUGGCCUGACUUCCUGCGAUGCUCCCAGUUCACCAACAACACUUCCGGGUUGCCGGGGUUGUCGUCCAUGGCAAUGCAAGCCGAGUCGGGGGUCAGCCCAGGUACAGGGGAUAACUCCCCACUCCUCAGCCCCAACUCCAUCCCUUCCAGCUGCUACUCUCCCAGACAGGUCAAAGGCAAACCAUCUGUCUGUGGAGGACACAACCACUUCCUGUGUGUGACUGGACUAUGUAUCCCCAGGAAACUUGUUUGUAACGGAUAUAACGACUGUGAUGACUGGAGUGAUGAGGCAGAGUGCGUGUGUGGAGAAGAGGAGUUUAGGUGUGGGACGGGACGCUGUGUGUCCCCCUCUAUGGUGUGUGAUGGAUACAUGACUGUGGAGAUCUCAGCGACGAACACAGCUGUGCCUGUAAAUCCCAGGGUCUGAUGGAAUGUAGGAAUGGUCUGUGUGUUCCUAGUGCCUUCAGAUGUGACGGAGAGGAUGACUGCAAGGAUGGCAGUGAUGAGGAAAACUGUACUCAACUACAUAUUCAGGGGUGCGUGUCCUCCUGGCCAGCCCAGCUGUCCCUCUACUCCCAGCACGUGUGAUGCCCGUAACAACUGCAGUCAUUGUGAGCCCAUUACUUUAGAGCUGUGUAUGAACUUGCCCUACAACAGCACCACCUACCCUAACUACCUUGGCCACGCGACCCAGAGCGAGAGCUCUGUUUCCUGGGAGUCUUCUCUGUUCCCAGCCCUGGUUCAGACCAACUGUUAUAAAUACCUCAUGUUCUUCGCCUGUACCAUGUUGGUCCCCAAGUGUGACUCACACACACACCAGAGAGUGCCCCCAUGCAGGUCAUUGUGUCGGAGCUCUAAGGAGCGCUGUGAGUCUGUGCUGGGUAUUGUGGGUCUUCAAUGGCCGGAGGACACGGACUGUAACCAGUUCCCCGAAGACGGACCCACCUGUCUACUACCUAACCCGGAUGUUGAUGAGUGUUCUCCCAGUCACUUCAAAUGUCGGUCCGGGAGGUGUGUCCUGUCCUCUAAGCGCUGUGAUGGACACAUGGACUGUGACGAUGACAGUGACGAAGACAACUGUGGUUGUGUGGAGCGAGGUCUGUGGGAGUGCCCAGGUACCAGGCUGUGUAUUAAACACUCUAUGAUCUGUGACGGCUUCCCAGACUGCCCUCUACUGAAAGAUGAGAACAACUGCUCUGUAUGCAAGGACAACGAGCUAGCCUGUAGUAACCACCAGUGUGUUCACCGAACUCUGUGGUGUGAUGGGACAAAACACUGUUCAGACAGCUCUGAUGAGUGGGACUGUGUCUCUCUGUCGGAGGGGUCGGUAGUGACCGUCUUCAGGACAGCAGUAGAUUACCAUGUCUGUGGGGAUGACUGGACGAUGGACCUCAGUCAACUGACCUGCUCUCAGCUCGGCCUAGGAGCCCCAGCAUCAGUAACUCUGGUUCCAGACCCUCCCAGUGUUCCAGGGAGGAGGAGGUGGCUUCAUGUUCACCCUGACUGGAGACAGAGGAACGGCUCAGCUCUACAGGGCCUACUGGAGAAGAGAGGACAUGCCUGUUUCUCCAGGAAGAGAGUGUCUCUACACUGCACCAAAGAAGACUGUGGCCUGCGCCCGGCCGUGCGUCUGUAUAAGCGUAUUCUGGGUGGCAGGGUGUCCAGGCCAGGGAGGUGGCCUUGGCAGUGUUCUCUCCAAUCAGAUCCUAGUGGACAUAUCUGUGGUUGCGUCCUCAUUGGGAAGAAAUGGGCCCUUACUGUCGCUCACUGCUUUGAAGGACGUGAGAGUGCAGACCUAUGGAAGGUAGUCCUGGGCAUCAACAACCUGGACCACCCGUCCCCCUACCUACAGACCAGAGGUGUAGAGUCCAUCAUUGUUCACCCUCGCUAUAACCGGGCCGUGGUCGACUAUGACAUCAGCGUGGUUGAGCUGGACAGGGAGGUGGAGGUUACCAGUUACGUUCGACCGGUGUGUCUUCCUGGUAACGGACAGUUACCGCAGCCUGAUACCUACUGUUAUAUUACUGGAUGGGGUCACAUGGGUAACAGGAUGCCCUUCAAACUCCAGGAGGGAGAGGUAAGGAUCAUCAGUCUGUCUCAGUGUCAGAGUUACUUUGAUAUGAAGACCAUCACCACCAGGAUGCUUUGUGCUGGAUACGAGGCUGGCACCGUGGACUCUUGCAUGGGUGACAGUGGUGGUCCUCUGGUGUGUGAGGAGCCUAGUGGUGGGAGCUGGACCCUGUAUGGCCUGACGUCCUGGGGUAGCGUGUGUUUCUCCAAAGUCCUGGGUCCUGGGGUCUACUCUAAUGUUACACACUUCACACCCUGGAUACACCGACAGAUCUACCUCCACACCUUCCAUCUACACUGAUACAGACAGACCUCCACACCUUCCAUCUACACUGAUACAGACAGACCUCCACACCUUCCAUCUACACUGAUACAGACAGACCUCCACACCUUCCAUCUACACUGAUACAGACAGACCUCCACACCUUCCAUCUACACUCAUACAGACAGACCUCCACACCUUCCAUCUACACUGAUACAGACAGACCUCCACACCUUCCAUCUACACUGAUACAGACAGACCUCCACACCUUCCAUCUACACUGAUACAGACAGACCUCCACACCUUCCAUCUACACUGAUACAGACAGACCUCCACACCUUCCAUCUACACUGAUAGACAGUUUUUCCCUUGUAAUGCCGGUCACUGACAGUCACUCAAUUAGCCAUGUCAGGUAUGUUGGUCCAGCGGCUCGCUAUCUAAACUCGUAGUGAGCAUGGUGGGUGGGUGGAUGGAUGUUGGUACGCAGACCCACAAGCCACAGGGGCACCUCGUAGUGAGCAUGGUGGGUGGGUGGAUGGAUGUGGGUACGCAGACCCACAAGCCACAGGGGCACCUCGUAGUGAGAAUGGUGGGUGGGUGGAUGGAUGUGGGUACACAGACCCACAAGCCACAGGGGCACCUCGUGGUGAGUUCCAGUUUUGUGUGUCCCCACCCCGUGACAGAAACGCUGAGAGAAAGAAGACAACGGGUGGAGAAGAACAACAACAACGCCAGAGGAGUGUAAAACCAACGAGAGUGACGUUUGGUCAUGUCCCUUCCUCUUCCUGUGGUCCCCCAACAUUCCAAACAGGAAGUGAAGUGUAUUUUGGGAGGAGUCUGGAGUCUGUUGGAUGUGAUGACGUCAUCAUCGCCACUCUGUCACACUUCUUACACACAACACACGUGUUGCACACACUUUACGUGACACACAGCCUCUCUCCCUCAACACGUGUGUGUGCUUAUGUCUGUUCUAAACUUGGGUGUGUUCUAAACGUGUGGGUGCGUGUGGUGUGGGUGCGUGUGUGUGUGUGUGUGGUGUGGUGUGGGUGCGUGUGGGUGCGUGUGUGUGUGUGUGUGCG